CCCAAGAGCAGGGGCCAGGGUCCCCGGAGGCCGUGUCCUUGCGGCCGCUGAGCGUGGGACUCGGAUGUCCAGGCUCGCUCCCCAGCCAGGCAGGAACACACCCGCUCCGCCUGGUUUAUCCCGGGCGUUUGGGCUUAGCAGAGGCAGUGUGGCGCUUUCUGGCGAGGCGUUUGAGGAACCCAACUGGAGGAGCGAAGGAAUGGGAAGGAAGGAGCCUUUGUUGGAAGAGAUGGUGAUAUUGCUGGGCCCCCUGCUGUUGGUCUUCAUGCUGGGUCUGGGUCUGGCCCCGCUGAGCCUGGCUAAGGAUGAAGACAGGUACACACACUUCCUGACCCAGCACUACGAUGCCAAACCAAAGGGCCGGGAUGGCAGAUACUGUGAAAGCAUAAUGAAGCAACGAGGCCUGACCAGACCCUGCAAAGAGGUCAACACCUUUAUUCAUGGCACGAGGAAUGAUAUCAAGGCCAUCUGUAAUGAUAAGAAUGGAGAGCCUUACAACAAUUUCAGAAGAAGCAAGUCUCCUUUCCAAAUUACCACUUGCAAGCAUAAGGGAGGGUCCAACCGGCCUCCAUGUGGGUACAGGGCCACAGCAGGGUUCAGAACCAUAGCUGUUGCCUGUGAAAAUGGCUUGCCUGUCCACUUUGAUGAGUCCUUUAUCAUUACAAGCCAGUAGCCCAGAUCUGGCUCUGCUCUUCUUUCCUUGCUUUGGAUCCCCCAGACACCCCCACACGCCUACUCCAGCCCCCGCCACCAGCCUUCCACCGAAUAGUGGUGGCAAGAUUCAUUGCCAGUGGUCUAGAAAAUAAGGUGUCUGAUCUUUCAUUUUCUGUUCUACAAUAUGUUCAAUAAAUAAAAACAUGUCUGAAAGCAG